ACCUAAACAUCUGGGGCUCGAUUCUCAAACUCACUCGCAAGUUUGCGCAUACGAGCAUUUCGAGUGGAUGAGAUACGAGCACGCUCGUUAGUUGCAAUUCUUGAAUAGGCGAUGCGAGCGCUCGGAACGUGGGAAGGACCAAACGUAUGCGCUUCCUUGCGAACACGAAUUAGGUUUGGCAACAGCGCAGGAACUACUACUUAACCUACAUAUAUCGAGCUUUCUACAGCUUUGUUAUUGUCAUCGCAGUUAUGAAUUAUUCCACGGUUUCGAGCAAUAAUAAAAUGAUAAAGAGUGAGAAGAAGAGAUCGGGCAACAUUAGCGAGGAACAGCGUAAUUUGCUGACAGAGUACAUGACGAAUCACCCGAAUCUCGUAAGUGGCAAGUUUUCGAAAACUUUCACGGUCGAUCAUGCUGCAAAGUUGUGGCAAGAAAUUGCUAAAAUUUUAAAUGCUUGUAACGGUGCCGAAAAAAAUUGGAAGGCAUGGCGCAAGUGUUGGCAAGAUUUUCGGUCCCGAAGCAAAUCAAAGCAAGGAGAAAUUAACGUUCAUAGACGCCAAACAGGAGGUGGAGAACUAUGUACAACAGUUCUUACACCGGACGAAGAAAAAGUCAUGUCAUUGAUCCCCAAAAAUCUAACGGAUGGACAUUCUACUUCACGAGAGUCAACUACUGAAAUGCAGCUUAACGAAGAGGAUGAUGAUGUAAUUAUCAAGGAAGUGGAAUAUUUUGAUACGGACAGUACAACCCUAAAAACAAUGGCAUUUGACAACGACAUAGAAUUCCUUGAAGAGAACUAUGACACCGUGAAAAAAUCAAUGUUAGCAGACAUAAACGAUAAUAAAGAGAACACAUUCGAUGCGAUGGGAAAAAAGAAAGACAAUAAUAUUGAAAGUGAUGCUGUUGUAAAUGGUACCAGGGGCCACAGUACGGCUAAAUGUACUAAAACACAAGGUAAAAAGCCUUUUGCAAUUCGGAAAUUAGAACAGACUAAAGAAGCUUCUGAUAACCUAGUUGAUAUUGCUAAUAAAGAUUAUAAACUAAAACAAGAGUAUUAUAAACAAAAACUCGAAUAUAUAGCUAGAUGUGCAGAGGCUAAGGAACGCAUUGCCUCGGCCGCAGAAAGAUGCCAAAUGUCUUAAAUUAACAUUGACUUCUUUGUUAGCUUGGCAUAUGUAUGUUAUACAAGGAAAACUCUUCUUAUAAUAAGUUAUUGCAGCUAGUACUACUUUUAAUUUAAUUUGUUAGAAUAUUUUCAUAAACGUUUAUGUUGUGGUUAUUAACUGCGAUUACAGUUGUUUUAUGUGUGUCCAAAUAACCACUGUUAAAGAGUAUACAUUGUGCGUCCUCGAUUGCAGUGUACAAUUAAAUAACAUAGUUUAUUACCAAAGGAUAUUAUUAGAAAAGUACCAAAAAUAGGUUUAGUUGUGAUACUAUUGCAUAAAACUAAAGUGUUUAAGUAACAAUACGUACAGCCUUUGUAUGUGUGCAAUUAAUUGUCGUUAAAGAGUAAGAAUUUAGUGUGGUCUCUUGCAAUAAUAAAGUAUCACAUUGUUUGUAAGGAAACGGUUGCCGGAAAGCACCCGAAAAAAGUUACCAUGUUUUGAUACUCGUAUGUAAAACUGAGAUGUGAUAAUACAAUGUGAUAAACAAUACAUACCAGAUCAUACUUGUAUACUCAGGAGAAGAGUUUUUUGUAAUUCUCAAAAUACAUUUUUAUUUUAAAAAGGUACUUAACCAGGUGACAAACGCACGUUAUUUGACAUCAAAAUAACGUCAUUUGACGUCACAGUGAUAUCAUUCUGACGUGAAAUAACGUGUGUUUGCUACCUGGGAAUUAAGAUAAAACUUUCUUAAUAUCUAAGUUCACUUAGUUUUCUUUUAGUAAAUAUAUUAAAUUUUGUUUCUCUACAUGUCUACAUAAAAAAUAUUACACAUUUAUA